AUGUCUAUGAAUGAGUGGGGAGAGGGAGUGAUUCCCGCGUCUGAGUUCCCCAAAAUCCUGCAGUUUGGCUUUACUGAAAGUCGCAAACGCAGCUAUGAAGCGGACUCACCAGUGGAGCAAGUGAGCGUCACAGAUGGCCAUAAGAGAGAUAUAAUCACUAAGCUUGACAAGGCAAUUGACGUGAUUCUAAAGGGUCGUUCGCCAUAUGAUCUUCCCUGCUCAUUGUCUCUCCUCCAGUCGAUUUGUAUGUUUGUUUACAUGGACAAAACUUGGGUUAGCAGCAUAUAUGAUCGCAUCACCAACGUAUUUGACACACACAUGCUCCCCCUGGUUAAAGAAGCCAUAGAGUCUGAUCAUCCUCUUGCAGGCUGCUGCAGUAUGUACACAAUGUGGCGACAACGUCUCCGAGAACUCCACAUGCUUCUGAUUAUGCCCGAUGAGUCCACAACGUUACGGCUGCCAAACAGGAAAAAGAUCAAGUUCAUACCGUUUGGACUCGAUCUUUUUGCGUCCAGAGUGCUUAAUUCCAACAAACCCAAGGAUUACAUGGUGAGGCUAGCGGAUCCGUCUGAGAACAGGCUGCGAUCGCUAGUACUUCUUGCUAUUAAGGAUAUGAUGUACAGCCUCGUAAGUCCUACGCCUGAGUCUGAUCAAUUGAAAGAGAUGGUGGCUGAGAUCCACAAUAUUCAGCUUGAGCUACAUGGCGAGGGCAAACUCCAUCUGUUCGAGGUGAUGAAGCAAGCCACGCAUCAGAAUUUUGCUAGCAUCAGAGAUCAGCUCUUACAAUCCCCCGAGUCGUACCUCCCUAAAGCGAUUGAGUACCAAAAAAUCAUCCCCUUAUACGUGGAUAUAUUUAAGCCAUUUUUGCCAGCUGACUUCUCCUCCAACGACCUGCUGGAAACCUUGCUCGGAAGUUCUGUGCUUGCGGCCAAUCCUCGAGUGGUGCAUGCCUGUUUUGGGUUUGACUGGAAUAUUCAUGUUUCAACCAAAUUAGUUCAGCUCUACGCUGAUGAAGAGAAAUCGUGGCUUUUGUCUUCCAUCGAAGAAUAUAGCAUCAAGCUAUAUCGCAGUCACAUAAGUCAACAUAUAAGAGAUAAAGGUCUGAUAGCAGAUAUAGUUCAGCUAUAUCAAAGGCUCUGUUCCAACGCAGUACAGACCUUUGGCAAGGAGAAUGCCAUUCCAAAGAAUAUUUUUGUGAAUGCCAUCCAGCAAAUCCCAAAUGGUCCCGUACACGUCUGCGACCAUCUCUUAAAGUAUAUCGAAACAACAUUGGGAAAGCCCUCGCUGCAGGACUUGGACAGAAAAGCCCCAUCUGGCCGCAUUUACGAGCUUUGCCACUUGGAUCCACAGGACUCCAUUACGACAAUUCUGAUAUUGAUUCCAUCAAGCAGACGAUAUUUUUUUGACAAAUACCAGAUCCAGGUUUCUCGGAGAUUGCUUAGAGGUCAGUCCUUUUUUCUCAAUAGGGAGCUUAAAAUGGAGUGGCUGGAGCUCGAAAGAGAGCUUUUGAACAAGCUGAAAAAUAUGUGCGGCCGCGAGUAUACUGAUCAGUUAGACUCCAUGGUCGAAUCCGUUGAGCUUUCGGAACUGGAUAUGCCUGAAUUUCACGAUGUGCACAAACAUUCUGCACUUGGCUCUGUUGAUAUGGAUAUCUGCUGUGUCGAUUCUAAUUGCUGGCCUCGUGUCCCGGAGAACCAGCCGUUGAUAAUUCCCUCCCAAUUGCAACCUUUGUUGCACGAAUACGAGACAUUCUACCGUUCACAGUACCAAUCACGGAAACUCCAAUGGAAGUUUCAUUUCCAUAGAGUCACUCUUGAUGUACAGUUUGACGAAAAGAAAGCUAGAAAACAAACCAUUGAGUGUACUCUGUACCAAGCUGCAAUUAUUUUGGCUUUUGAAGACCAUGCAUCUCUCUCAUUUGAUCAGAUAAAGUUCAAGACGGGAAUGAGUAAUAAGUUUGUGACACAAAACUUGAACAUCAUGUCAAGCUCUAAAUUCCCUGUUUUAGUGCAAGAAACUGAUUAUCGAAUAAAUGAGAAUUUUAAAUGGUCUAAAAAGACUCUCAGGCUACCGAUCCAAUUAGUAGAGAGUGCAUCACCUGUUGAGCCGCGGUCUUCCGAAUUGCCAACAAGAGGUUGGAUUUCUUCAAAGAUAGAGGCCUUUGUUGUGCGCACAUUGAAGGCAGAGCAAAGAAUUGCUCAUGACAAGCUGCUGCUACAAGUAUUGGAUCACAUGAAACAGCAGAAGAUUUACGAGAAAGAUGUUGUCGUUCUUGUGAAAAAUGUCAUUGAGAAGCUUAUCAAUGAAGACUACGUUGCGAGGGAGGCAGACAAUUAUGUGUACAUUCCAUAA